CUCGCCUGAGGCCGGGGGAGGGCCGGGCCAUAGCUGUAGCCUAAGAGUUCAGGAGUAUCCACUAGGAACCUGCCCCGCCGGGCGUGGGCCCAGCACUGUGGCCAUGCCCACCUCCGUGCUGUGGGCAGUGGACCUCUUCGGGAGAGUGUAUACCUUAUCCACAGCUGGCCAGUACUGGGAGCUUUGCAAGGAUGUCCAGAUGGAGUUCAAGCGGGUCAGUGCGGCCACUCAGUGCUGCUGGGGCAUCGCCUGCGACAACCAGGUCUACUUGUAUGUGUGCUCUAGUGAUGUACCCAUCCGCCACCGAGAGGAGGCCUAUGAGAAUCAGCGUUGGAACCCCAUGGGAGGCUUCUGUGAGAAGCUCCUGCCAAGUGACCGCUGGUCGUGGAGUGACGUGAGUGGGCUCCAGCAUCGGCCGCUGGAUGGGGUAGCGCUGCCCUCGCCACACUGGGAAUGGGAAUCAGACUGGUAUGUGGAUGAGAAUUUUGGAGGGGAGCCCACCGAGAAAGGGGGGUGGACAUACGCUAUGGACUUCCCUGCCACCUACACCAGAGACAAAAAGUGGAAUUCAUGCGUGCGGAGGCGAAAGUGGAUCCGGUAUAGGAGAUACAAAUCCCGGGACACCUGGGCCAAGAUUCCCUCAAAGGAUGACCCCAAGGAACUCCCUGACCCCUUCAAUGACCUGUCUGUGGGAGGCUGGGAGAUCACAGAGGAACCUGUGGGCCGCCUGUCAGUGUGGGCUGUGUCCCUACAGGGAAAGGUGUGGUACCGAGAGGAUGUCAGCCACCCCAACCCAGAAGGCUCCUCCUGGUCUCUUGUGGAUACCCCAGGGGAGGUGGUCCAGAUCAGCUGUGGGCCCCACGACCUUAUAUGGGCCACCCUCUGGGAGGGACAAGCCCUGGUCAGAGAGGGAAUCUGCAGGAACAACCCAAAAGGAAGUUCCUGGUCCAUAGUGGAGCCACCUGGGUCUGAAAACGGUAUUAUGCACGUCUCCGCGGGAGUCAGUGUGGUCUGGGCCAUCACGAAGGACCGCAAAGUGUGGUUCAGGAGGGGCGUCAACUCUCACAACCCCUGUGGCACCAGCUGGAUCGAGAUGGUUGGAGAAAUGACAAUGGUGAACGUGGGGCUGAAUGACCAGGUCUGGGGCAUCAGCUGUGAGGACCGAGCUGUGUACUUCCGACAGGGUGUCACCCCCAGUGAGCUCAGUGGGAAGACGUGGAAGGCCAUCAUUGUGGGACGAGAAAGUGACCGGUCACACUCUGGCAGCUCAUCCAGUCUCCUCAGUGCUGGCUGCUUCUUUGGUGAUGAGGUGAGGGGCAGUGGUACCGAAUCUGCACCUAGUGAUACCGACGCCUCCUCAGAAGUGGAGAGACAGGGUCCUGAACAACCUCUCCCCAGAGAAUCUGUGAACAAUUCCAGGAACCUGAAAGGCAGUUUGCCCAAGGGCCCAGAGACCAGCAGGAACACUGAGCAAACCAUGGAGGAUGCCUGCCUAGAUGACAGCAAAGGGAAGGCCCCCGAGGCCUCUGGCAUUGAUGAAUGCCAUGGCCCAGCCUCCACACCAGCUGAGCUGCCCUGGACCAACAUUGACCUAAAGGAUCCCAAGAAAGUGUCUAGCCAGCCAUCUACAAGCUUUCCCGAGACGGCAGGCCUCUCCUCCCUGGGGCUCUUCCCACUGGGCAUGGAGGAGCCCUAUGGGGCAGAUGACCAUCCUCUAUGGGCCUGGGUGUCUGGAGGUGGAUGUGCAGUGGAGGCAUGCUCCGUGCUCAAGUGGUUCACUAUCCAGUCAGGCCUGUCCCCCUCAGUGCAGACGCUGUCCCUAUCCAUCACACCCGCCCAGACCGCAACCUGGAGGAAACAGAUCUUCCAGCAGCUCACAGAGAGGACCAAGAGGGAGCUGGAGAGCUUCAGACACUAUGAGCAGGCCGUGGAGCAGUCAGUGUGGGUGAAGACCGGGGCCCUGCAGUGGUGGUGUGACUGGAAGCCCCACAAAUGGGUGGACGUCCGUGUGGCCCUGGAACAGUUCACAGGGCAUGACGGGGCUCGAGACAGCAUCCUCUUCAUCUAUUACAUGAUCCAUGAGGAAAAGAAGUACCUGCACGUGUUCCUAAAUGAGGUGACUGUCCUGGUCCCUGUGCUUAAUGAAGCCAAGCACUCCUUUGCCCUCUACACUCCUGAGAGGACACGACAGAGGUGGCCUGUGCGCCUGGCUGCCGCCACAGAGCAAGACAUGAAUGACUGGCUCGCCUUGCUCAGCCUGUCCUGCUGUGAGAGCCGGAAGGUCCAUGGACGCCCAUCCUCACAGGCCAUCUGGUCUGUCACCUGCAAGGGUGACAUCUUUGUGAGCGAGCCCAGCCCAGACCUGGAAGCCCGUGAGCACCUGCUACCUUGCGACCAAAUGUUCUGGCGGCAGAUGGGAGGCCACUUGCGAAUCAUAGAGGCCAACAGCCGAGGUGUGGUGUGGGGCAUUGGCUAUGAUCACACAGCCUGGGUAUACACUGGCGGCUAUGGCGGAGGUUGCUUCCAAGGCCUGGCCAGCAGCACCAGCAACAUUUACACACAGUCAGAUGUGAAGAGUGUCUACAUCUACGAGAACCAGCGUUGGAACCCUGUCACGGGCUAUACCAGCAGGGGUCUGCCCACUGACCGGUACAUGUGGAGUGAUGCCACAGGGCUGCAGGAGUGCACCAAGGCCAGCAUGAAGCCGCCAUCCCUGCAGUGGACUUGGGUCUCUGACUGGUAUGUGGACUUCAGUGUGCCCGGUGGCACCGACCAGGAAGGAUGGCAGUACGCCAGUGACUUCCCUGCCUCUUACCAUGGGUACAAAACCAUGAAGGAUUUUGUCAGGAGAAGGUGCUGGGCCAGAAAAUGCAAGCUGGUGACCAGUGGGCCAUGGCUAGAAGUGGCUCCUAUUGCCCUCGGCGAUGUGUCCAUCAUCCCAGAGAGUGCAGAUGCGGAUGGGCGAGGACACCACAUUGCACUGUGGGCUGUCAGUGACAAGGGGGAUGUUCUGUGCCGCCUGGGUGUGUCUGAACUCAACCCCGCGGGUUCCUCUUGGCUACAUGUUGGCACUGACCAGCCCUUUGCCUCAGUCUCCAUCGGUGCCUGCUAUCAGGUGUGGGCUGUGGCCAGGGAUGGCUCUGCAUUCUACCGGGGCUCUGUGUCACCCUCUCAGCCAGCUGGUGACUGCUGGUACCACAUCCCAUCUCCUCCCAAACAGAAGUUGACACAGGUGUCUGUGGGCCAGACAUCAGUAUAUGCCUUGGACGAAAACGGCAACCUGUGGUACCGAGCAGGGAUCACCCCCAGCUACCCACAAGGCUCUAGCUGGGAGCAUGUGUCCAACAAUGUGCGCAAAGUGUCUGUGGGGCCGCUGGACCAGGUCUGGGUGAUAGCCAACAAAGUCCAGGGAAGCCAUGGCUUGAGCCGGGGGACAGUUUGUCGUCGCAUGGGUGUCCAACCUCGGGAGCCCAAGGGGCUGGGCUGGGACUAUGGCAUUGGGGGUGGCUGGGACCACAUCUCUGUCCGGGCCAAUGCCACCAUGAUACCCAGGAACAUGUCCAGGGAACAGGAGGUUCAUGGUCAAGGUCCCGUUUACUGCUGAAGCCUCUCCUCACCCAGAGGCAAGGAUGGUUUGAGCCUGAAGGACCGGAACUGAGCCUUUCUUGUGUAGUAUGAGAGGGUGUCACCCAGGCCCACACAUGCAUGGGCAGUCAGGCCAGAAUCAGCCAUUUCUGAAGCACUGACAAAAUGUCUAGAGAUGUGAAACUGUGGGGGCAGCCCCACCCGUGUCCCAAGUCUUUGAGGGAUGCUAGAGAGAAGGAGAUGACUACUGCCUGGCGCCCUCAGCCCUGACCCCUCCCUCUUACACCUCCCAGCUUUCCAGGCCAGGACCUCAGCGCCCUCCAGACCCCAAGUCACCCCCCCAACAGAAGAAACAACUGUGAGGCUUAGGUCUAUAAACCUCAGUCUGGGGUCGGUCCUCAGCAGGUUUUCCAAAUGGGGUUUUGCUUCAAAAGUUAGGCAAAGGAGUUGGGCUUGGUAGCUGCUGCCUAUGUGCCUGUCACUCAGGAGACUGAGGCAGGAGGAUUGUGAGUUCGAAACCACCCAAGACUACAUACAUAGCAAGAAUGUCACAAAAAGAGAAAAAUAAUAAUAAUAAUCUAGACAAAUAAACCAGGCAUGAUGGUGUACGCCCGUAAUCCCAGUACUCAGAAGGCAGAGGCAAAAAGAUCAGGAGUCCAAGGGCAUCCUCGGCUCCACAGUAAGUUUGAGGCCAGCCUGGGCCACAUGAGACCCUGCUUCCAGAACCAGGUGGGUCUUAUCCUGGGUGGGGUCCCCUCCUGGGGUGCUCUGCAAGGUAGUCUCCAUGUAGACUCACCACCAUGAGCCCCAAUUUAGUCCUUUUUUCAGAUAUGGGGGUGGGGUUUCCUGGCCAGGGAUUCUUGUUGCAGGGUGGCAAGUCUGGGUGGAGGCAGCUUGCACCCUAGACUUGGGUGAAGAAAUCUAUGCCCCGUGGAGAGGGUAUGGCCAGAAUUAUCUUGUGCCUCAGGGGCUGGGCAGAAGACACAUACUGUCCUGAGAUGAGAGCUCUGGCCUGCCUGGCAUGGCCUAUGGCCCCUGGCAUGUGUGUCCCAGUAGGUGAUAGCUCACGUUUCAGACACCUCCCAGGAGUUGCAAGAGCUCCAUCUUUGUUCUUUUGAGAAAGGCCAGACUCACCCCUAACUGGUUUGCCCUGGAAUCCUCUGUUAAGUCAAGGUCAGGAAGGGUUCCAUUCUGCAUGAGGGGUGUCCCCAGAAGCUAAGAAGAAACUACUUUGAGGCCCCAUCCAAAGGACAUCUAGGAGCCCCAUGUCCUCAGCAUUCCCAGAGGUGGGACUAGACACAUCCAUGUGCAGAGAGGCGUUCCAGGGUCACCCUCCUGUGUGCAUGUCAGCGUCAGGUUUCCAAGUGGGCAUCCCGGUUCGUCCCCUAGCAACUGUGACCUGUGUGCUCUGCUCUCGGCAGAGCACUACGAGGGUGUCACACUGCCCUUUCGCCACCGAGCAGCAACUGUUUACUCCCUCAGUGGCACCAAACUGUUUAGGCUCCUCAGAUACUCUAUUUAAUAAAAA